CGUGGCGCGGUGCAGGAUAAGUAGGAGCGCUAAUGUGAGCAGAGAGAAAGCGAGAGGAAGAGAGACACACGGUGAGUCAGUCAGUCCGUCAGUCAGUAUGCAGUGCUGAGCUUUAGUACAAAAGCCCAGACACUUGGGAACAGAUAGACUUUAAGGCAGACUGGCUUUCCUCGCGUUGUUUUUCUGUUAGACAGUCACUCUGUGUAUCGAAGGGCGCUGACACGCAGAGCAGCUGCAUAUCCGCGGUGGGAGAGACGCAGUGAAGUCAGUUUGGGUGACAAAGUCUUUCCCCGUGUCACUGUGAAGAACUGUUAAUGUCACUGAAUCCGACGCAACAGUGUAUAUUAAAAGGUGCCCUGAUGAAGAUGCAGUAGUCCUCCAUUCAGUCCGACAGCCCCUGAAGCCCCACAUUUCAGAUUGCUGAUUCAUUUUCCUGGUCUCUCUGCUCCUGAUGUCCCACAUUGAUGAUGUGACUGUCCUACACGGCCUGAAUGCUUUUGCUAUGUCUGAAUCUCCGGAGGGAGACACCCCCUUGCUGCAGCAGGUGGACUCCAGCAAAGCAGGGGGCCGAGUGCUCUCCCCUAUCUUUAACUCCUCCUCUUCCCCCGCCCUGCCCAUGGAAGGUCACCCCAUCUGCAUUCCCUCGCCCUACACGGAUCUCAGCCACGACUUCACCACCUUGCCUUUUUACAGUCCCAGUCUGCUGGGCUAUAGCAGCACAUCCCUCUCCGACUGCCCCUCAGUGAGGCAAUCUCUCAGCCCCAACCUCCUCUGGCCCUCUCACAGCUACGUGUCCCCACUGACCCUUCACUGCUCACAGACCCACACCCAGCAGAACCAGCUCAGCAGUGGAUCCUGGCAAGAUCUAACACCCUACGCACCUGAGGAGAACAGCAAACCAAUAGGGAAAAGGUCAGUGGAAUGUGGGGAGAGCUUUAACUCUGUAGAGAGUAAAACAGACAUGCACUUCUGCGCCGUAUGCAGCGACUAUGCCUCUGGCUACCACUACGGCGUCUGGUCCUGCGAGGGAUGCAAAGCUUUCUUCAAAAGGAGUAUCCAAGGCCAUAAUGACUACAUCUGCCCUGCAACCAACCAGUGCACCAUUGAUAAGAACAGACGCAAGAGCUGCCAGGCCUGCAGGCUUCGCAAGUGUUAUGAAGUGGGAAUGAUGAAGUGUGGUAUGCGCCGAGACCGUGGCAGUUAUAGUCGUGGAGGCCCACAGUCAAGGAGAGUGACACGAUUCCCUACGAGAGCAGUAACGGGCAGCCAGAGACAAGCAGAGCGAAGAGGCUUGCCACCCAUCAGGAUAAAAGAGGUUUUUACUGCGACACUGAGCCCAGAGGAGCUCAUAGCCCGGAUCAUGGAUGCAGAACCACCAGACAUUUAUCUGAUGAAGGACAUGAAGAAGCCCUUUACUGAGGCUAACAUCAUGAUGUCACUCACAAACCUGGCUGACAAAGAGCUGGUCCACAUGAUCAGCUGGGCCAAGAAGAUCCCUGGUUUCAUGGAGCUCAGUCUCUUUGACCAGGUCCACCUGUUAGAGUGCUGCUGGUUAGAGGUGCUGAUGUUAGGGCUGAUGUGGAGAUCUGUUAAUCAUCCUGGAAAGCUCAUCUUCUCCCCUGAUCUCAUUCUCAGCAGGGAUGAGGGCAGUUGUGUUCAGGGCUUCGUGGAGAUUUUUGACAUGCUGGUGGCGGCCACAUCCCGAUUCAGAGAGCUGAAUGUACAGAGAGAGGAGUAUGUCUGCCUCAAGGCCAUGAUCCUCCUCAACUCCAACAUGUGUCUGAGUUCAGCUGAAGCAGGAGAGGAGCUACAGAGCAGGACCAAACUGCUGCAGCUGCUGGACUCAGUGACAGAUGCGCUGGUCUGGGCCAUCUCUAAGACGGGCCUGAGCUUUCAGCAGCGCUCUGCACGCCUCGCACACCUGCUCAUGCUGCUCUCACACAUACGCCAUUUAAGUAACAAAGGUAUGGACCACCUGCAUUGCAUGAAGAUGAAGAAGGUGGUGCCUCUGUAUGACCUGCUCCUGGAAAUGCUCGAUGCUCACAUCAUGCACAGCUCACGCCUGCCCCACGCUGGUCCGAGAGAGCCCACUGUUCCCAAGGACAGCCCCCGAGCACAGGAAGCUUACAACUUCUCCUCUCAUCAGUGGACCCAGCCUGGCGUAGAGGCCGCUUUGGAACUCAGCCAAACUGUGCACAAAAGUGACCUUAGCAUUGUGAAGAUGGACUGAACCAGUACAGGAAGUGGAUGUUUUUGUCAAGAAGGCUCAUUUUCUGUGGACCUAAAGCUGUCUUUGAAAGAGGUCUUCAUACAAAGCAUUGAGGCUCAAAGAACCGAUCACCUGUACAAAGCCUUAAACUGUGUAGUUUUAUGAAAAUGAGGAUGGCAGCGUUAAGCAUUCCUGGAAGUCAUCAGUGAUCAUAUUCAUCAGUAAUCAGUGGUUUUACACGCUCACAGAACAACCUGCAUACUUUGAAGCAAAACUUGCAUUUAUUGUGCGUCUUUAUAAGCCUUUCUUUUAUAUAGUACACUAAGCUGAGGACAAUCUUAACUUUCCACUGUGAUUGUUUGAAUCACAGGUCUACAAAAGUGACAUGAGUCACUCUUGCACUGUAAAAUUUAUAGUUAUGACCCCCAAACAGGAGUUCCGAACAGUUGUUGUAAUCACCAUCUUGUGCCUGUACUGUUGUUUUAAAGGCUGUAAUUUUGGACUAGUAUUUAGCCUUAAGCCUUAUUCUUAGGCUUUAGGAUUGAGACGCCCCAUUUACAGGGUAAAUCCAAGACUACUGUUGGCUUAAUCUGCCAAAUAUGCACUAAAUACAUCAUGAAAUUUCACAUUAGAGCUGUCAGUGAUGUAAACAAAAGCUCAUGCUUAAGUACACAGAAUGUAAUAUUGAGAAAUGUUGGUACAGUUAUGUAAAUAAAUCAUCUAAACCUAAUUUGCCAUAGGCAGUUUUGUACUUCAGCAAUUAAGGGAUCAAAACUUUCUCAGCCAAAGACAAACAGCAAGCCAUCAUGUUUAGUGUGUGACACAAUAGCCAAAUUUGCAUCCAACUAUAUGAUGAAAUGCAAGCAGUUUGGUGAGACGCACAUCACUGUCAUGGUUUACAAAAUUACACUUGCAGUGUGGGGAUAUAUAAAGCCAGAUUUGUCAUUUAGGCAGCUUCUGAAUGUGAAGCAUUAGCAUUACGUUCUUCUCACAGCUUUCUGGGUUCCUUUUUCCUAAAUGUGGCCUGCAGAUGAGUGAUUAGUAUUCUGUUCUUGGCUGUUCUUCACCAAAAUCACUAGUGGCUAACGAUGUCUUUUGCAAGCAAAGCCAAGGUUUCAUUAUGCUGUUUUUUUUAUAUGCCUCUUCAAGAAUGGGAAUAUGUAGGGAGAAAAAGAUGCAGAAUUUUUGUAAAGAAGAAAAAAGAAACAUUCACCUGUGGUGACUGUGCAGAGAAAGCUGCACUUUUUUACAUUCCAAAAAAAAAAAAAGAUGAAAAAAAUGUUUUUCACAUAUUGAAUUUCUGUUGAACUGCUUGUAACUUGUUUCACCAUCAAUGUCUAAACGUAGGACAAACCGCAACUCAUACGACAGCUAUGGAUUUGAAGCUUUAAUGCUUACAGUUGUAUCAGUGGUAACCCACGACUGCAUGAAGUUCAUUCCAACAUGCCGAGUCUGACUUGGUUUGUCUUUUUGUGAAUGUUGUAGCUGAGCAUGGACUCUUAUUUAACUGGAGAUAAGCUUGUGUAAACUGUGUUAUAGGGUUAUCAGAUACCAAACGUUCAUCCUUACAAGGAUUUCAUCAUUCAAUAAAAUGUUGUGUCAUCUUCAAAAA